AAUGCUCAGUUUAUUUUUUGCAUACAGUUUAAAGUAACUGGUAAAAAUCACCGCACAAAAUGUUAAUUGUCAUAUUGACCCAGAAUCUCAUUUUAUAUCAUAAUCCAAAAGAGAAAAGGGGUUUUAAAAAAUUUCAGUGUCAGUAUGACUAAAUAAAUAUUUAUUAUAUGAGAAAGUGUAGGGUUAGAAAGUUUACUCUGAACAUAAGCAAAUUACUAAUUAAUCAGAUUUAUACAUAUAAAUUGUUUUGGUUAAACCAGAAAAUCUUUUGGAAAGUGCUUUUAAAAGUUGUCGAUAAAAGUGACAUAAAUAUGUUGAAAGUUUUGCUAAUUUAGAGAGAAAAGUUAGAAGACAACAAAUUUAAAAUUUUGUGUACCACUUCAGAGUACAUGUAAUAUCCGCGCAUGCCCUUGAAACAUUACAUCAAUAUUCAGGGAAUGCACGCUUAAAAGUAUGUUACUUAAAUGUGCAGCUUGUGCAGUGAAGUAUAUGAGUCAUUUGGAAAUAUGAAAGUGCGCUGGAUGUUACAUUUUGGGAGUUAGGCUAGUUUUAAGAAACUAUAAAUAUAUGAACUUGUGUCACAAUGUCCUGGGUCUUCACAAGUGCACAUGAUGGUUUUAAAAAUAAAUAGCAAAUGAACUUAAAAUAACAAGUAGUGCAUUACAUAUUUAUGCUAUUAUUAGUUACGAGUAAUAAUUUGAGAAAAGCAUGAUUGAUCGUGGUUAUAGUUGCAUAAUUUAAAAUUAACUACGCUAAACUAUAUAGUUAUAUCUCUUAAAGUUUUUGUGUGAUAAUUUUCCUAAAAAAGAGCAUAGUGUGCGUGCGCAUGCGCCGACGCAUGCACAUGCAAAAGUUGCAUUUCCAAUGUGGAUAUUGUGAAUUUUAUGUAUAGACUAUGUCCUGUGCUAAAUGAAUAUUUAUAUAUUAUGGACCUAGUUAUAAGAAAUAAACUUCCCACAAUGAAGGAUGGUCCCUGCUCUCCUCCUGUAGAAAAAAACCACCUAAAUGGCCGAAGAUCAUCCAGCCCCCUUAGAGACAGAUUUCCUAACACUAUCAAAGAAAUGUCCUUAAAAUGGCAUACUGAAGGAAGAAAUGGAUUAAAUGCUACAAAGCUGGAUAGCAAUAUGAGAAGACAAAGUGAAACUGAAAGUGAGGAACUCGCUAAUUUAGAGGAGAGAAAAUUACAAAUCGAACUCUGUGGAAUGGAGGAGAGAAAAUUACAAAUUGAUGAAGAAGGAAACAGACCCAAAGUGUUAGAAGAGGAAGAUAGAUAUCAACUUCCAGACACACAAAGCCAUGAGCUUAAUAAUUCAGAAAACCGUGAUAUACAUAUAACAAGUAGUGCACAUGAUAUAAACAAUAUGCAUAGUCCAAUUAGAAGUGCAGCGAGCGAAGGUCCAGGCAUGAGAUUAUCAGACUUGCCAAUUCCCUUACAUCUGCAGCUAGAUAGACAGCGUCAAGAACAGUUGGUUGGUGAACCACAGUUACACGUGCAAGAAAUGAGCUCAACAGUUUCUUCACCAGUUCCCGGUCCUAAGGCGAGUCCUGUCAGCAACAAUCUAAAAUGUUUGGUGUGCGGCGACAAGUCUUCUGGUAUCCAUUAUGGUGUGCUGGCGUGUGAGGGAUGCAAGGGCUUUUUCCGACGGGCUUUGCAAGAUGUUGGAGACCCUGCAAGAAAAAAGUGCUUCUAUAACAAGAACUGUGACAUAACUAUACUAACUAGAAAUCGAUGUCAGUACUGCCGACUACAGAAAUGCUUAGCAUUAGGAAUGUCACGUUCAGCUGCCAAACUGGGUAGACGUUCAAGAAAAAUGCGUGAUUUGAUCCGCAGUAUAGAAGACAAACAGACAGAGCAAGCGCUUCAUGGCCUGCUAAGUCUAAAUUCUGACAACGAGACACCACAGAUUAUUCACGGUCUGAAUGCUAAUGGAGUGGACAUUAACCGACAAGAGAUCAACCAGCUGUCUGUAGCUGCCCUACAAAUGCUGCUGAAACAAAGGGCCGAGUGUGGUCCAAACUAUCCGAGACAGAGGCACAUGCCCACCCCACCUAGACAUGACAGCCCCAAGUUGGAAGCCCCACACCCUAGUCAUGCACCCCAUACCCAUCUUACAAACAUAGACAAUGAUCAACCCCUUGAUUUGUCAGACGAAUCAAAUCUCUCCGCAAACCAGGACCCACAACUUUCAGCCAUUCGUACAUCACUGCCGCUUAAUUUAAUCAGCACAUCUUCCAGGGCUCAAGUGAUGAGCUCCAUUCUCAAUAUGCAGUCUCAAUUGCCAUUCCAUUUACCGCCAUCUCCCCUCGCUGUGAAGAUGGAAGAUGGUAUAAUAGAGGACCGUAGGUCACCAUAUCUGCCCAUGUUUGAUCCUGCUGUCAUAGCAGCAACGAGAAGUAGUCCAAGUUCUCUUACACAGCAGAGCAUCAUCGCCCAGCAGUUAGCCGUUCAGCAACAACUUGCCGCAGCCAGACAUAUGAUGGUUCAACAUCAGUUAGCAACUACUGGUAGUACUACUUUCACCAACUUGCCAAGUAGCCUGAUGUCAUCUGCUGCCAUGAUGUCUGCCGAAGGUGAUAAUGAAAUGGAUCAAAAUACGAAUGACCGAUCCAGCAAUAGCCCGUCAUCCAAAUCUGUGAUUGUUCAACAUACUAGUCUAGAUCUGAGAAAAGUGAUAAAAGAAGAGGAGAGUAUAAAGCACAGUAGAAGUCCUAUCAAGAAACGUCCCUAUGUGCCAUCCACCAGCUCCGAGUGCAGAGUCGAUGAUCCCGAGGUUGUGUACAAACAUUCCCGCCUAAGUACAGACAGCUCAUCAUCAUCCAGAAGUUAUGCUUCAGAUGGACGUCCUGUAUCUGUAUCUGACCGAUCCCCUUCUGCUACACCAUAUACUGCAGUCCCUAUGUCCUCUGACCACAUGGUUUCUAAUUAUCACGCAGCACAUUCAUCCACUCAUAGAAAUGUCGACCACGCCAGCCCGCGGGCAUCAUCUCCUUCCGUUUAUCAUCGAGAAGUAGUGCAGACAGAGUAUAAUAGAGUUUCUUCUCCUGAGUACCAGUCCAUGGUCAAUGGGGAGAAACUGAAGAAUUCUCAGUCGGAUCAUCACACAGCAGUUGUAGCCCCAAUUAUCCAGAAUCGUUAUACUCCACAGCUGAGCCGAGAAGAUGAAGCCAGACUAACGGUCCCACUGCUUACUUACAAAAUCCACGAGUCUUUCUACACAACGUUUACGUUCCUGAAACCGAGAUUAGAAGAGAUGCAUUACAAGCUGAGAAAUUACCAAGGAAGCGAGUCAAUGGAUGGUAUCAUCAACAGACUGGUUUCAGAACAUAUGGACAAAUCCAACAGUUUUCAGGCCUUGGAUGGGAGGCCACUGAAGUCUGGUGAGGUAUGCUGGAACGCCUUCCAAAGUCUGCUGAACAAAUCCAUACAAGAUGUGAUCAAUUUUGCCAAGAAAAUACCUGGCUUUACCAAUCUCGACCAAGAGGACCAAAUCAGUCUCAUCAAAGGGGGUUGUUUUGAGGUGGCGUGCGUUGUACAUGCUCAGUUUAUUGAUGCAGAAUCGAACACAAUUUUCCUGGAAGGUCACAAUACGUUAGUAAAACGAGACGACAUGAAAUGUGGGUUCCCACUCGGAGAGCACUUUGUGGAGCUGAUGUUCAAUCUCUGUAUACGAUUUAACACGUUCAAGUUAGAAGACCCAGAGAAGGCGUUGUUCAGUGCUUUGGUGCUUAUAUCUCCAGAUCGGCAAGGUCUGAAGAAUCGUGAGAAGGUUAGUAAGCUACAAGAGUUGUUGAUUCAAGCAUUACAGAGCCAGGUGACGGCGACACAUCCUGAUGAGAGUGGGCUCUUUCCCCGUCUACUUAUGAGCAUAUCUAGUCUACGAGAACUUGGUGUUGAGCACCGCAGGAUGCUGGGAAGCCUUAAGGGACAGAUCAGCUUUGCCCACGAUCUAUAUGCUGAGACCUUCGACCUGCUGUCUUAGAAAUCUAUAAAAUAGUGAUAAGAAAUAAGUUAUGAAGAAAUUUAGAUUUUUGUUAUAUAUUUCUGUUUAAGCAUUAGCAAAAAUAAUGUUAAAUAUGACAUUGUGUAUAACAUAAGACCCUAAAAUGCAAUGCAUUGCGAAAUAUAAAUAUUACUUUUAUCAAGUGCUAUUGAUUUUAUAUGUUUUUGAUUUUGAAUGUGUCAAUCAUGGAUUGAUCUGGGCCAGAGGUAUUAAACUUUGUUUGAAGGCCAGUCUACAAACUGAUGCAUCUGAUUGGUUAUUUCUUAGCACAGAGUUGAAAUUGACCAAUGGGAAGACUGUAUUUUGUGACUGGUCUCCAAACUCACUUUUAUAACCUUGAAACGUAGGCUUAUAGAAAGAUGUACAACAUCCAACACUGCUUAUAUGAAAAUGUUCACUAACUCAAAAUCAUCCGGUGACUAUAUUCCGAAACUUAAUUUAUACAUACGCUUGCUUAUGUUUUCACUUUUUUGAAAACUAUAUUCCAUCUAGGUCAUCAAGAUUGUUCAGAUUUUGUCCAUACCACAUGUAUUUAUUUUUUGCAAAGAAGUUUUACAAGUCAUAUGUUGUUGACUCUGUUAAGCUGUUUUUAUAUAUGAAGCCUUCCAUCUAUAUAAUCUACUUGCAUUGUACAUGAGGCUAUUUAUUUCAUUCCUUCCAUCAAUCAUCAUGAAUUAUUCCAAUUUGAAAAGUGUUUAAGAUGUUAUUUAUGCUUUAAAUGCAAUUAAGUGCUAUUGAUUUAUGUAGAGCAUUGGUCUGUGUGUAGGUCUGUGCUGUUGUUGUUAAGUUGACAAGAACUUCCCAGGCUUGAGGUGUUUCAUACACAAAGGCUUCAAUUUUUUUUUAAACACAUGAUAGAAGUGUUGUACUAAAUGAUCAGACAUGGAAAGAAUCAUAAAAAGGACAUAGGGUUUAGUAACAUUUGUAUAACUUAAACUUGAGGGAUACUUGAAAAGUUACAAAUUGAUCCAUCAGAUGAUUAUAAAGGAAAAGUGAAUAGUGAAUCAUGUGAUAUGGAAUUUGAUAGCACAAAAUAAGAAUGCAGUUUUAGCAUUGUGUAACUGAAGUGCUAAAAAAUGCUGUUGAAAUAAUAGAAUUUCCAAUCCGAAGAAGGCUUUGAAGAUCAUUCUGAUGAAGAGAACUGUGUUAGUGUCAAGAAAUAAGAGUGAAUAUGUUCAAAUGCAAAAUAAUUAUGAUGGCAUAACCACAGAAAAGAUUGACACUUGUACUACAGAAAAGGAGAAACUACAGAAAAGAAGGUGAAACUACAGAAAAGAAACACUUUAAUAUCUUGUUCUUUGCAGAGUGGUUAAUGUGUGCAUAUGUGUAAAUAAUGUGUUAGCUUCUGCUUUAGAGAGAUUCUAUUAUUUAUUUAUUUAUAUUUGUUUUUGAUCAGAGAUGCUAGUGUUAUUUAUUGGAAGAAAGGUUUUUAUUGUGUUUUGUGACAUGGAAAGAUGAAGUUUGUUUUGAGAAGAAAUUUUAUUUUUAUUAAUAGAUGCCAAGUUUUUUUUUGUUCUUGAAUGAUUUUAAGUGCACCAAUAUUUUUCCCCCUUUACACGUUAUUUGUUAGAGAUGUGUCAAUUUUUAUUCUUUGUCUUUAGUGCUUAGACUGUAUGUAAAAGAUUUCAGACGUAAAACAAUAUCUUUUAACAUUUCUUUCUUACAAUAGGCUUCUACUAGCCACAGCAAAUAAAUAACAUAGUUGCUUUACCUAUUGAAUAGAAACUGUCAAGAAGAAAGUACACACAAAGUACAGUUGUGGCAGACAGACAUAUAAAGAAAAACACUACAAGCCUUAAAACAGUGUUCUGGAGAGAUGGUUUUAAGACUGCCUUGAGGGGAAGAGAAGUGAUCUACGAGGGGCAUUAACAAGUUUCUAGUAUGAAGGCUCUAAAUUCUGUACAAUGAAGCAUAUCCAUUUUACAUAUUGAACAUACAUUUUGCUUGAUAUUUUGUACAUAAUUAUUGAAAAUAUUAUCAAGAUUAGACAAAUCAUUUUUAUCAUUUUUCAGUCUGCUUACAAUUGAGGUGUUGCAAGGGUAGUUAUGUUUGUGCAUCGAAACUCAAUGAAUGCCCCUCGUGUGUAAGGUCUCUAUUGAAACAAAAAAAAUUUGUUUAGGAAAAUAAAGCCAACAAUAUAUAUUCAUUUUAAACUUCUUUAAAAGAGCAGUACUAUUUAGUACUAUGCCUCAAAAUAUUGAAUUCAGUAAGUUUUUUUUUUUUUUUUUUUUUUAUUAUUUUUACAUUUUGACUGUAGAUUAUCAGAUGGAGAUGCUAAUAAUCUGAGAAUAAGUAAUUACGCUGUAUAAAGUACAUGUAUUUAUGUUACAGUAAUGUACAUUGCACAACUUAUGUUGUACACAUAGUGCACACAACUGUAGGACUUGAAUGUUGUACUGUACAUGCUUGCAAGACAUGAUGUACAUGUAAUUUACUUUACGUAACAGUAAUUAACCAACUGUAAAAUUGUACAUGAACUUUACAAGACAUGAUGUACAUGUAAUUUACUUUACGUAACAGUAAUUAACCAACUGUAAAAUUGUACAUGAACUGUACAAGACAUGAUUUACAUGUAAUUUAAUUUACGUAACAGUAAUUAACCAACUGUAAAAUUGUACAUGAACUUUACAAGACAUGAUUUACAUGUAAUUUAAUUUAUGUAACAGUAAUAAACCAACUGUAAAAUUGUACAUGAACUUUACAAGACAUGAUUUACAUGUAAUUUGCAUCACUUUUGCUUUGUACAUGUUCUUCACAUGGCUGUAUGUUGUACAUGUAUCAGUGUACACCAGAAAGCUGAAUAUGCAAACUUACCUGUUAAUUUCUUCCUAUACCAGAUGUAAUGAGCAGAUUUGACUGACAAAUCUUGUAUAAUACAUGUAUAUAUAGGGGAUGAAUUUGAUAAUCAUUUUUUGAUAUGUCUGAAUGUGUGUACUUAGAUUCAAGUUUUUUUCCCCUUACAUUUCAAUUACUUUAGUGCUUUUAUUAUACAAGUGAUAAAAAUGUAUAAAAAUUGUUGUGUCACUGUACAUUAUCUAUAAAGACAGUGUGAUUUACUCCAAAGAGUCAAAAAGAGGGUGCUUUUAUUUUACCAUACAAUUUACACUUUCUAAUAUCUGUUUUAUAUUGUAAAGUAGCUUGAAACAGUUUGAAGUCAUUUACUGCUUGUUAUUUUGAUGCUAAAAGUCAAAAUGUGCAUUAAGGGUUUGAGGGUUAUAUAUGGUGUUUAUGCAUGACCUGUGGGUCAACUGUUGCACCAGCCAAUGAACAUGUAUACCGUCUUGUCAGUAUCGGCCAUCUUACACAAUUGUUGUUUGCUAAAAAACGGCAUCAUUGAACUGCUUCCGUAUUUGUCUGAAUUGGGUCAAAUUAUUAUUUGUGAUGGCACUCCAUAUAAAUGCAUAUUAGACUAUGUAUUGUCAUAUAAAUGGAAAAUUAAUAUUUUACUCAUCUGUAAAAAAGUCAAGUUUUGAAAAUUUUACUGAAUUUCUCUGCAGUAGUAUGGUAACAUGAUAAGUUCCAUAUAAAUACAGUCAAACCUGUAUACAAGAGGCUAAAAAGCAGUACCUCUCUGCAGGUGGUCUUAAUUCACAGGUUAUUUUACACUGCAGAUGUUUAGAUUGGACGUUUUAAGGCAGGAGGUUCAUGUUCAAGGCCGGUCAUACAGGAUUGACAGUGGUUACACAGGGCUAUUUGACUUCUUGCAUCAGAAUGGAUGAAAUGUUUCCUGUGUCAUAUAUAUGUCAUUGUGCUUACUGUUGUUAAUGUUCUUUGUAUAAAAACCAAUUUAAAAUGCCAUAAUAGUCCUGAUGCAGGCAGGACGUCACUCCAUAAUUAUCAUUACCUAAGAUACAGAGCUAGAGCUACAAGACAGUUCUUGGAAGUACAUCAAACUAAAUAGAUUACGAGUUUAGUUGUUUUUGUUUUUUUUUUAAAUUGGUAAAUUAGGGAAAUAACAGACUGAAUUAAUCAAGAUAUGUACAGGGGUAUACAUACUUGAACACAGUUGCUUUUGUUUAUUUGUAUAUUGAAGUGGGACAAAUUUUAAAAUACUUUUGUUUCUUUAAUUUGCACAUGUAGUAUGUUAAUGCAUCAAAUUUUGAUCAAUCUUGCCUGUUUAUAUAGUGUUUUUUGUUUUUUUCCUUUCUCAGUGGUGGUGUUUUCAACUAAAAGGUUAGAGACUGUAAGGGGCUGACUUUCUAAGAUGUUGUAUGAAUAUUUUAGCACCCUAAUUCUCUAACAUAUCUCUGCUUGAUAAAAGAAUCAAGUUUGCCUAAAGUAGUUACUAAGUGAUUAGCAUCUUUCACCAUUAUCAAGAUGAUGUUGGUAGUGGCCAAUGUGCGUCUUUGUGCAUACGUUGUAUUGUGCUGUAUAAAAUUUGCCUUUUUUAUGUGGAUGUAUAAAGAGCUGUGAUUUAAGGUGUUUGUGACUAGGAAAGCCAGAUACAAGAGAACUCUUGUUAUCCCAUUGUAAUAAAAUGCUCUUUUUAGUUCAAAUCCUAACAUGUUUUGAUUGUUAUUUUACAUUGUUUUAUUAUCAUUUUGCUUUAAGAAAUGUUCAUGUUCAGCACCAACAUAAGGCCUUUGAGGUAUCAUUCCUAACUUUAAUAUUUAAAAAAAAAAUUCAUUCAUCACUUAAGCCAUUCCUUCAUUUUUGCUGUACAAAAAAAAUGCUUUAACACAUUCUACACCAAGUGUAAUUUCAUUUCACACAUUGAGGGAGUUCAGAUUUGCUUAAAGGAGGAAUGUAGAAUAUGCAGAUGGUUCAUAUUGGCUGCAUUUGUGAUGGUUUUAAGGGGACUGAAUCAGGAUGUUGCUUUUUUAGCUCACCUGUCACAAAGUGACAAGGUGAGCUUUUGUGAUCGCGCAGCGUCCGUCGUCCGUCCAUCCGUGCGUGCGUAAACUUUUUGCUUGUGACCACUCUAGAGGUCACAUUUUUCAUGGGAUCUUUAUGAAAGUUGGUCAGAAUGUUCACCUUGAUGAUAUCUAGGUCAAGUUCGAAACUGGGUCAUGUGCGGUCAAAAACUAGGUCAGUAGGUCUAAAAAUAGAAAAACCUUGUGACCUCUCUAGAGGCCAUAUUUUUCAAUGGAUCUUCAUGAAAAUUGGUCAGAAUGUUUAUCUUGAUGAUAUCUAGAUCAAGUUAGAAACUGGGUCAACUGCGGUCAAAAACUAGGUCAGUAGGUCAAAUAAUAGAAAAUCCUUGUGACCUCUCUAGAGGUCAUAUUUUUUAUGGGAUCUGCAUGAAAAUUAGUCAGAAUGUUCGUCUUGAUGAUAUCUAGGUCAAGUUCGAAACUGGGUCACGUCCGGUCCAAAACAAGGUCAGUAGGUCAAAUAAUAGAAAAACCUUGUGACCUCUGUAGAGGCCGUAUUUUUCAUGGGAUCUGCAUGAAAAUUGGUCAGAAUGUUGAUCUUCAUGAUAUCUAGGUCAAGUUUGAAACUGGGUCGACUGCGGUCAAAAACCAGGUCAGUAGGUCAAAUAAUAGAAAAUCCUUGUUACCUCUCUAGAGGUCAUAUUUUUCAUGGGAUCUGCAUGAAAACUGGUGAGAAUGUUCAUCUUGAUGAUAUCUAGGUCAAAUUUGAAACUGGGUCAUGUCUGGUCCAAAACUAGGUCAGUAGGUCAAAUAAUAGAAAAACCUUGUGACCUCUGUAGAGGCCAUAUAUUUCAUGGGAUCUGCAUGAAAAUUGGUCAGAAUGUUCAUCUUGAUCAUAUAUAGGUCAGGUUCAAAACUGGGUCAACUGCGUUCCAAAACUAGGUCAGUAGAACUAAAAAUAGAAAAUCCUUGUGACCUCUCUAGAGGCCAUAUUUUUCAAUGGAUCUUCAUGAAAAUUGGUGAGAAUGUUCACCUUGAUGAUAUCUAGGUCUUUUUUGAAACUGGGUCACGUACGGUCCAAAACUAGGUCAGUAGGUCAAAUAAUAGAAAAACCUUGUGACCUCUCUAGAGGUCAUAUUUUUCAUGGGAUCUGCAUGAAAAUUGGUCAGAAUGUUCAUCUUGAUGAUAUCUAAGUCAAGUUCGAAACUGGGUUACGUGCAAUCAAAAACUAGGUCAGUAGGUCAGAUAAUAGAAAAACCUUGUGACCUCUGUAGAGGCCAGAUUUUUCAUGGGAUCUGCAUGAAAAUUGGUCAGAAUGUUCAUCUUGAUAAUAUCUAGGUCAAGAUUGAAACUGGGUCACAUGUGUUCAAAAACUAGGUCAGUAGGUCAAAUAAUAGAAAAAACUUGUGACCUCUCUAGAGGCCAUAUUUUUCAUGGGAUCUGUAUGAAAGUUGGUCUGAAUGUUCAUCUUGAUGAUAUCUAGGUCAAAUUUGAAACUGGAUCAACUGCGGUCAAAAACUAGGUCACUAGGUCUAAACAUAGAAAAACCUUGUGACCUCUAUAGAGGCCAUAUUUUUCAAUGGAUCUUCAUGAAAACUGGUGAGAAUGUUCACCUUGAUGAUAUCUAGGUCAAGUACAAAACUGGGUCACAUGCCUUCAAAAACUAGUUCAUUAUGUCAAAUAAUAGAAAAACCUUGUGACCUCUCUAGAGGCCAUAUCUUUCAAUGGAUCUUCAUGAAAAUUGGUCAGAAUUUUUAUCUUGAUGAUAUCUAGGUCAAGUUCAGAACUAGGUCACAUGAGCUCUAAAACUAGGUCACUAUGUCAAAUAAUAGAAAAAACGACGUCAUACUCAGUUCAUGUGGGGACAGGUGAGCGAUUCAGGACCAUCAUGGUCCUCUUGUUUCAUUUUGACAAAUUUAUACAAUGACAAUUUAAUAAUGAAAUCCUUGUUGUACAUAAAAUAAUCCUUGCAAAUUGGCAAAGGCUGUUUUCUGUGAAUAUUGGGCAAAAUCCUUGUUUGAAAUUAUUUCUGUUCAAAGGAAGACUAACUCCUUAAGUUCUUUCCUCUUAUAUAGAAUAAAACUUUGCCAACAGCCCUUAAAAUGUUACUUGGUAAUAUAUUGACAUGAUUUUAGUAUUGAAACUUCUGUUGGAAUAUUGCAUUACCCCGGAAAAGUUGAACUGUCAAUUUUGUAAUUGAAAGUGAACAUGGUUCUAGAAGAUUUUAUACGUCUAGGUCUGGAUCGGUUAGAUGCUGUUUUCUGAAAUGCUCCUGAUACAUCAGCUAGCUUUCUGUGUUUGUUGGCCAAGCCACCAUCAUGUAUAUAGAAAUCUUACAAGGUGCUUAUAACGCUGGUGCGGUCAUACAUUAUCAUUAGUUAUACCCUUACCUGUCUAUGACAAACCAUGGCAACAGUUCGGACAAAAUAACAACAGUUGGUUCUUUUUGAGAAAGGCAGUUUUAAAGAUCUGUAUUAAGAUUAUUUUCUUGUAAAUUACAACCACAGUAUCGUGAUCAUAGUAUAUAAAGUUGAAUAAAAUUGUGGUUACAAUGUCAACCCAAACUGUUGUAUUAUCUCUUUUGCUUGAUUCAUAUUGAUCAUUAACACGGCGUUAGAAAUAUCAAAUAUUUUUAAUUUUUGCUGUAUCUGUUGUCUCAAAUUCAUUAAAUUUUUGGACUUC